AUGGUUGAUUAUGAAGUGACCGUGUUCACUGGUGAUCUGGCCUUUGCCUCUACAUUUGACAACGUCUACAUUAAGCUGGUUGGUAAAGAUGAGAGCAAACGCACACUUCUCCCAAGGAGCUGGAUGUCACCUUUCUUCAAAGGAAAAGUGUCACACUUCACCAUAUCCUGCCCAGCCUUUCUUGGAAAGCUGACGCUGAUAGAGUUAGACAAACAGACAAAGUUUUUCCAAGACUCUUGGUAUCUUGCCAAGGUGGAAGUCACUUCCCCGGAAGGACACACGUACCACUUUCCCAUCUAUCACUGGAUCACUGACAGCGAUGUCCACCGCUUCAGAGAAGGGACAGCUCUCAGAAUCUUUGAAGACAACGACAGUCUUGACAAGUACAGUCGGCAGCAGGAGCUUCAGCAGCAACAGAAAGUCUACUGCUGGGAUGUGUAUGAAGCAGGAAUUCCCCACUGCAUGAAAGCAGACAGUUUUCUGUCUCUGCCCUGUGACAUCCGCUUCUCUUUGACUAAGAUAACAGAAAUGGCCUACACUGCAGCAAAAGGGCUGGCAGAGCUGGAACUGAGAGAAAUAGCAGAGUGUAAGGAAAAUUUUACUUGUAUCGAGGAUAUUAGCCACCUGUUAAGUGCUCAUCGGACAGAAACAUCAGACUAUGUCUGUCAGCACUGGAAGGAGGAUGCAUUUUUUGGCUACCAGUUUCUUAAUGGUGUCAAUCCUAUGUUGAUCCAACGCUGUACUUCACUGCUGGAGAACUUUCCUGUCAAUGAUGACAUGGUCUUUCUCCACGGUCAGCAUAGUUUAGCAGAUGAAAUGGAGAAUGGCAACAUCUUCCUGUGUGACUACAAGCUUUUGGAUGGAGUGCAGGCAAACACCAUCAAUGGAAAGAAGCAGUACUUGAUGGCCCCCCUUGUUCUUCUCCAGAAAACCCCUGAUGAUAAGCUGAUGCCACUUGCCAUUCAACUGAAGCAGAAACCAGGAGACGAAAACCCAAUCUUUGUUCCUACUGAUUCUGAGUACGACUGGUUGUUGGCCAAGAUCUUUGUCAAAAGUGCAGAUUUCAACCUGUAUGAACUCAGUGCUCACCUGCUGCGCAUUCACCUGUUGGCUGAAGUCUUUACAAUGUCACUGCUGCACAACUUGCCCAUGGUGCAUCCUCUGUACAAGCUUCUCAAACCUCACACUCGCUACACUCUUCAGAUCAAUUACUUAGCUCGGGACCUUCUAUUAUCUAAGGAUGGAGAUCUGGCUAAGUUCACAGCUUCUGGUGGAGAGGGUGUGACCACAAUCCUGCAGAAAUCAUUGUCCUCACUGACCUACAGCUCCCUCUGCAUCCCAGACGAUAUUGCACAGCGUGGGCUGACAGAUGUGCCAGGGUUCUACUACAGAGAUGAUGGACUCAAGAUUUGGAAUAUCAUCCACAGCUUUGUCUCCAAUGUGCUGCGCCACUACUACAAGACUGAUGAUGAGGUGCAGCAGGACACUGAACUCCAGAACUGGAUUCAGGAAAUUUUUGAGCAUGGAUUCCUUUCACAAGAAAGCACAGGAAUUCCACAGAAAUUCAGCACUGUGGAUGAGAUGGUCAAAUUUGUCACCAUGGUCAUCUUCACCUGCUCUGCUCAGCACACAGCUGUCAACGCUGGACAGUAUGAUUUUGGUGCCUGGAUGCCCAACAAUCCCACUUCCCUGCAGCUUCCCCCACCAACAGAAAAGGGGGCAGCAAAUGAGAAAACAAUGUUGGACACAUUCCCUGAUGUUAACACAACAGUUCAUGCCAUGGCCAUCACGUGGUUACUCAGCACGCAGUCCUCUGAUCGUGUCCUUCUUGGCCAGUACCCAGAGAUGCAUUUCACUGAGGAGGUUCCUCUGCAGGAAAUACUCAAGUUUCAAGAAAACCUCAAAAAGCUGAGUGCAGACAUCAAAGACAGAAACAAGAAACUGGACUUGCCAUAUACAUACUUUGAUCCUGAGGUGAUUGAAAACAGUGUGUCAAUUUGA